CAACUCGCCACGACAACAAUAAACAUUUAAACUUUUAUAAAAAUGUUUCGCAGAUGUUUUAAAUGAUACAGACAGAUAUUCAGGAAGAUCAGAGAUAGUAGGAAACACAAUGAGUACCAGAGGGAAAGUACAAGAACGCGAAUUUAUUACUGUCGCUAUACCAGGGAAUUAUGAUAAUGAUAAAAAUAGACGAGGAAAGAUCUCUUUGUGGAGGAGAUGGAAAAGACUCACCUCAUUUGAAAAGACAAUUAUCAUUUGCUUCGCACUCCUUCUUAGCAUUGGUGGAUAUAAAUUUCACAAAGACUUCCAUUUUACAUACACAGAAAAUCUCGACUCAAACCAAGGACAUCAACCACAUGUCCUGCCAAUACAGGCAGCAUUCGAGAAUGAAAAGGAGUCCAAAUUUGUGAAGAGACCAAAUUUGGUACCGUUAGUCAAAAAGAAAGGGCCACCAAAAAAGAAAUUAGACAUUGGUUAUAGUGAGCGACUUGAUGAAUUGGAUAGAAGAAAAAAUGCUAAAAAGUCAGUUGAGAUUGAUAAUCAUAAGAAAAUAGAAAUCAUAAAUCCAAAUGGGAACAGAAGGCAUGGCAAGGUUAAGCAAUCAAAUAAUAUUGAACCAGUUCAAGAGAAUCAAGAACAACAGUCGCAAGGUGAACAUCAGAAAGAACAAAACAACAUAGAAGCUGCUGAUGUAAAAGUUGAAAACAAUCAAAAGGAUUCUGUUUCUGAAAAAGGUGAUCUACUAAGAAUUCCCCAAUCAUCUGAACAUAAUUCGAAGCAAAAAGCUGUAGUGGAUGCUUUCAAACAUGCUUGGAAAGGGUACAAGGCUUACGCGUGGGGGAAAGAUGAACUUCGGCCACUAUCUCGAGGAUAUAGCACAUGGUUUGAUAUUGGAUUAACCAUAGUUGAUUCAUUGGAUACAAUGUGGAUCAUGGAUUUGAAACAGGAAUUUAAUGAAGCACGAGAUUGGGUCAAAGAUUCACUUCAUUUUGAUAAAAAUAGAUAUGUCAAUCUAUUUGAGGUGACAAUUCGAGUUUUGGGAAGUCUGUUAAGUACACAUCAUUUAACUGGUGAUAAAGAAUUCUUGAAUAAAGCUGUCGAACUAGGCAACAAGUUAAUGCCAGCAUUCCAAACUGCAUCCGGUGUUCCAUAUGCUGAUGUCAAUUUACUGUCAGGAGAAGCCAAAGGCCCAGACUGGUCAUCAUAUAGUACCACAUCUGAAGUAACAACCAUACAACUAGAGUUUAGAGAAUUAUCACGGGUGUCUGGUGAGCCAAAAUUUAAGGAAGCUGUGGAGAAAGUUAGCCGACAUUUUCACAAUUUGGAUAAGCCGAAUGGUCUGGUUCAAAUUUAUGUCAGCCCACAUAAUGGUCAUUUACAAUCAGGUGGUACCAUUACACUGGGUGCCAGAGGUGAUAGUUAUUAUGAAUAUCUCCUCAAACAAUGGUUGCAAGGGGGGAAGAAGGAAAGAAAUUUAUUGGAUGAUUACAACGAGUCAAUGAAAGGUGUCAUGGACAGACUCGUUCGAAAAUCUUCUCCAAACAAACUCACCUACAUUGGUGAAUUACUCCAAGGAUCAGAAUUCAGUCCUAAAAUGGACCAUUUGGUAUGUUUCAUGGCUGGUAAUUUAGCCUUGGGCUAUCAUAAUGGCUUAGAUGAAAGUCACUUAAAGUUGGGCAAAGAAUUAAUGGAAACAUGUUAUGAAAUGUACGCUCGCAUGUCAACCGGGUUGAGUCCAGAAAUUGCGUACUUUAACACAGCCGGAAAUGAUCGUGACGACAUUAUUGUAAAGCCUCUCGAUGCUCACAAUCUUCUCCGGCCAGAAACAGUGGAAUCUUUAUUUCUUUUACAUCGCAUAACUGGGGAUAAGAAAUACCAGGACUACGGCUGGAAAAUAUUUCAGGCUUUUGAAAAACAUACAAAAAUUGAAGGCGGUGGAUAUUCUUCGAUAAAAAACGUGAAAGAUGCUCAUAAACCAGGUUACCGUGACAAGAUGGAAAGCUUUUUUCUGGGCGAGACUUUGAAAUACUUAUUUCUCUUGUUUGGUGACACUGAGAUUAUUCCUUUGGAUAAAUAUGUUUUCAAUACUGAGGCUCAUCCAUUGCCAAUAUGGAAGAAUUAAAUUAGGUUAAAUUUUAUUUAGUGUACGUAUAUGUACGUGAGUAUUUGUGAA